CUUGCAUGUCUUAAAUUUUGAAGUAAAUUGUCGAGAAUUCCUUUGCAAAUUUUGCCUAAGCCUAUGGGCUGAGGAGCAGUAUCGUUGACCGGGACCCUGGGUGAAGGACUGUCAUUGUGAACAGGUGCCGUCACAAAGUUUCGCUGGAUCCAAUCAACGCCAGGCGUGUGGGUCAAGUCCGUGAUUGAUCACUUUCUCAUUGAAAUUGGCAGUGUGCCCCGUCUUGACAUGUUUAUUUGACAUGAAUUUAUAGCUAGCUACCCAUCCAAAAUAUGGCUAACUGCGCAUGUCGGAAAAAAGUGUACCAUAGUUCGGCAAUUGUGAACUCCUGACCCGUUAAAUUCAACCCGAGCUGGAGAGGAAGAGAUUCUUGGCGUAAGCUUUCCAGGACUGAUUUGGAAGCGCCUCUCAACCCCUCAGAUAAGAACCCUGUAUGGGAGUUACCGAUAUAAUAGUGGAUUCCAAGCAUGGUUUUGUAUCGGAAUGACUGCCGGAAGUGUUUGAUCUCAAUAGAAAACAUAUUCAUAAAAGCGACCUGAGCAGUAGACUGUAUACAGAGGGCACUGGUUGGCUGAACGUUUGACAGGAUGAGCACCUAUUUACCGAACUACACCGCGAACCUCCACCCGAGUCGCAUGGACCCGUACCACGCGGCAGCGAGCGGCCAUCACGACGUGGUCGGUGACAGCUAUGCCGCAGUUCGGCAAAUGUCGCCCUUUACCUCGGCGUCGAACGCAUCUGUCAGUCCAGGCCUGAAUGAACAUCACUUACCCCAUUCUCAUCACCCAUCCCACCCUAUGUACCCCAGGUUCCCUCCCUACGACAGAUUGGAUAUAAACCCAAUCUCGGCCACGGAAUCAAACUUCUUCAGUCACCAUAACGGGAAGAUAAGUCCCCCUGGACCCACGGGUGGGGGAGGGGCCAGCGGCGGACAUCGAACUAUGGGGAAUCACUCUGCCCACUUCGAUCACUCCCCAGCCCCGGCAGAUCUUGCAGACUUCUCAGAUAGAAGCCCGGUGGGAUAUCAGCAUGGUUCGCCUUCACAACACCACCAACACACUACUCGACGACCAAAUCCAGCUCAUCAACACCACUCUCACCCGCAGCAUCCUCAGCAAAUCCAGCCCCAGUAUCACUCGACCACAUCCCCUCCACAGAAUGUCAUCCACUCUUCCACCCCGAGCCCUCCGUCCGGCUCCCCAGGGGCUAACUCCACGGGCAACUCCAACCCAACUUCACCCAGUGGAAUGAGCAUAGACAAUAAUAAUACAGGCAAUGUCAACAAUAAUAAUAACAACAAUAGCAGUUCGUCCCCAGGUAUGCCCCUCUAUCCCUGGAUGCGCAGUCAGUAUGGUCCAGACAGGAAGAGAGGACGUCAAACUUACACUCGGUACCAGACUUUGGAGCUGGAGAAAGAAUUUCACUUUAACAAAUACCUUACUCGGCGUCGAAGAAUUGAAAUCGCUCAUGCUCUUUGUUUAACCGAGAGACAAAUAAAAAUAUGGUUUCAAAACAGAAGAAUGAAAUGGAAAAAGGAGAAUAAACUUCUGGACUCCCCUGGUUCGCCGGAGAUCUCCAGCUGUGAAGGUAUAAAAGACGGUUAAAUCAAAGUGAAAGUGAAAACAAAACACAUUUCAGUCCGCGUCGUUGAUAAAUCAAGACAGUGGAAUGAACCCCCUAGAGGCAGAGAACUCGCCAGCAAGGUCACUACCGCCGUCCCGCAUGAUCAAAUUCUAUUUGUAAUGAUUGCUGGAUCAGCGAAAGCUUCGUUGUAUUGAAAACCCUUUAUUCCAAAAAAAAAAAAAAGGAAACAAUAAAAUGGGUGCGCAGUUCAUGAGCCCACACCGGGUAGUUGGUGGAGAAAACUACCAACCCUAAACAACACAUGCUACCAUACCCGCAGUGUACUGGAUGUUGAUAGCUGCGCUUGACCAUCGGUAUAAAUGCUACUUGGAGCUGUGUGGGUCUUAACUCGUUGGUAGUCCGUUUCUUGUGAGGUUUAGUAUCAAUGGCCAUGCUGUAUUCAUCCUACACCUCAGUGGGAAUUCUUAAUCCUCGAGCAAUGACAUUUGCAAGGAUCAUUUUCAUUGUUUACCAGGGUAACAACUAUUCCAAGAUUUAAAAAUAAAAUUCUAGGCAUUGUAUUCGAUUUUUCCAGACAACAUUUUCUACACACACACUGUAGAAUGUUUGCUUUAGAUGUGGUAUCACUGAAAUAUGUACGUCAAAUAUAUAUACAUAUAUACAUAUAUAUCUGACAUUUUUAUACAAAAUCUUCACCGGUAAAGAGAUCGUCUACCUCCAAAAUAUGAAACCAAAUAGUUCGUAUGACAAGUCGCUUAGAGGUUGUAGCUUGACUAAUUAGCAGAUGUACCGCUAAGGUUUAUAGACAUAUUUAUAGCUAGAUAUCGAACAAGAAAGAAAUAUUUGACAAAACAGGUUUGGUGUAAAUGUGUGUAUUCAGCGAAACACUUUUACACCUAUAUUUGAUAUAACUGUUCUUUUUUCUUGGCGUCCCACUGUUGCUCAUGUGUAAAGCUGUGUUGAACAGUCAAUCAGCUCAAAUGCCACAUGGUGUGUAUUGCCCCUAGCCAGUGCUAGGAACACUGGAACCAGAUAGUGUAACUUUCUCGGCGCAGUGUAACACAAUAGGAUCGUAACGGGGCGUUGUCUUUUCCUCUUCAUCAAAUUCAACAUGAAAAUAAUAGAAAUUGCAUAGUUCAUGCAACGUAUCAGGUGUACAUAUUUGUUAAAAAAGAACGCUGUUAACUAUAUUGAAUACGGUUAUUUAUUAAAAUGGGACGGACAAAAAUCAGAUAAACUGGGAAUAUUAUACAAUUCAGCUCAACCUAAAGAUGAUGGAUGCUUUCGUUGUUUGUAUUAAGAGCUAUUUUAAGGACCAUUAUGUAAUGGUUUUCAGUGGUAAUGUAUAUGCUACCAUGCCACAUGCACAAGGGUAAAAAUACAUGUACAUUUAAUUUAAUAAAUAUUUAAAAGCAAUGUUCGACGUAAAUGACACAUGUAGCAUCGACGUUUAGUUUAUGUUUCCUGUGCUACGUGUAUAUGGAACCUUCGUGAAAUUCUGAAUAGGCCAGGGUAUUACGAUUGUAUAGGUUCUUAUAUGUGUGAAAUAUGAUGUGUACUGCAAGAUCCUCUACUAUGCCAGUUUCCCUAUGUUUAAAUUAAACUCACUAAAUGCAGUUAACGUGUGUAGAUAUGUUGUUUACAAAGCGACAUUGUAUAUUUAAGACGCGAGAAUGCGUCGUAGAAAAAAGGCUUUAAACUGGUCCAUUCAUAGUGUACCCUAUUGAACGAGAAGUGUGCUAUGAUUAUUGAUGAUGGUUGUUCAUGUAUUUAGCCUGAUGUGUUCAGACUUUGUGUUCACAGUACAAUGUGUUUAGUUUUACUACCUUUUAUGUCCUUGUGAGUGAACCGUAGGGUUGGUUACCUAUGCCUGUGAUAAUUGUUCCUCAUGGUUUAGUUGUGAAUAAAUUUGUG